AAUUAGACGUAAACAAGGCCUUAUACUUGCAUUUAUCCUUGGUUUUAGGUUUCUUCGCCGCCGCCGUCGCCGCCGCUCAGAUCUGGCGGAGACGCUCCCUGCUCCUCCAGUUUGCACGGAAGAAGAUCGCUAUCCCCACUGAUCCGUCAGCCAUGAGCCGAUCCUUAGUCCUUGCCCGUCCGCCUCUGUUGUACCCCGACGAUCUGGAUCCGCCUCCUGCUUCCAUCCUCGUCGACCCGCACGGCUACAUCGACGACCGCACCAACGCCACCACCGCCGAAAGCGUCACACGCAGCGGCAAGCGCAUCAGGGUAACCUUCUGGGUGGUUAGCCCGCCGCGCUGCUCCUUCUUCACCGUCUACAGCCCGGAUUUAGAGAGGUCCGCGUUCGGCGGCAUCCCCAUGCUCCUCAGCACGGAGGACGGCCUCGCCUUGCUUCGCGUCCCGAUCUGCCGUCUGGGUGGGGAAGGUGUCGCGUGGAACAACGACCACUUUGUCUAUCACGCCGGCGACGAGAACAACAAGCCUCCGUCGCUGUAUUUGAUCCCCAGGGCUCCCGGCGGAGUCUUCUCUGACGAAAACGUUGGCCUCCUGCGCUGCCGUGAUGGUGGCGACAUGUAUUUCAUUGCUAUACUCUGCUGGGCAUACUGCGAGGGAAAGUACGAACUGCACCUCUACAGCUCCAAGACAGAUACAUGGAGCUGCAAGAUGAUGUACCUUGCUUCAUCAGAGCAGAAGUUGCUCUACACCUAUCCCAGCAAGGUGAUCACUAUUGGAGGGGAGCUUGGGUCCAUAGGCUGUUGACCUCUGGCGAGGCAUCCUCGUAUGCGACGUCCUCAAGGACAGCUCCGAGCUUCGCUACAUCCCACUGCCACCUCCAUUGGUGCCCAGGAAACUCAAGGGUCCUCCAUUGUAUGUUCGGGACAUCAUUGUUGUUGAAGGCUACAUCAAGUACUUCGAGAUGUGUUCACAUAUUGUCGGACCUGAAGCCUGGAAGGCAGUCACAUGGGAAAGGAAGGAUUCUUGGGAUGAGUGGAAGAAGGACAGCGUGAUCGAAGUUCCCAAGUACCCAGCACAUACCAACCCUGAUCAGCAGGAGGCUGAAACCAAAACCCUGCCAACCUUGAAGGGAUUCUACUCAGGUUAUCCAGCCCUGAGCCACCACGACAGUGGUGUUGUUUACAUAUUGGACAGACAUGGCCUCGAUGACACAGACGUAACUGUACUUGCAGUUGAUAUGAGGAAACAUACUCUAAAGGGUGUGGCUGAUUGUUACUCCCCGAGGCCGCUGGGUUACAGUUCCGUCUACUUUGGAAGUGGGAUCUCCAAACAUCUGCUUUCCCCCAGAGGGAACGCUGCUACUGAACCAAGUAAGCAACAAAACUCUGCAAUUUGGUAAUCAAGGAGGUCCAAGGAAGAAUGUGCAAUCUGAGAUGAGUUCUAAAAAGUUGAUGGAACACACUGCAAGUGUAGAGGAAGACGUUGCCGUUGUAACCAAGCUGACAACCUAGAAGUUCCUGUGAAGAAUAUCAACUGAACUCUUAAGCUGGUGGAAGAAGCCACAAGUUUAGAGAGACAGGAAGUAAGGUGUCAGGUGUGCAAGGAAUUCUUGCGGUGGAACAAUUGGACUAUUCUGUGUGUGGUCUAGAGGCUUGUUAUGGUAUAAUGCACCCGAAAUCAGAAGCUAGAUGCUGGUAUUAUGUUUCUUUGUCCUCGUACCAACAUUGUCUUCUGUUUGCUCUAUUGGAAGUCGACGACUAUGCCAACGCUUAAACUUAUCUGCUUACGUCAUCAGUUCAUCUUGGUUGGGUGCGAAUGAA